AUGUCGGUAUCUACCUGGCCCGAUAUCUCUCAUCUCUCAAUAUCAACACCAGAGCUGGUCAACGCACUGAGGCAGAUGGGCCAACAGGUUAAGUGGCCUCCAAAGAUGAAAGCACCGGAUUCGUUCUGGAACCCGGAAUUCUGGUGCGACUUCCACCGCGAUCAUGGCCGCAAAACCGAAGACUGCAUCGCCCUAAGGAUCGAGAAAGCCAAGGCCCACCUCAGCAAAGAAACAGCUGGGAACUCCAAAGGAGCUGCACCAACCUCACCACCUCGCCAAGAUCGGGUGAUCAAUGUCAUAUCCGGAGGCUCGGAAGUAAGCGGAGUAAGCCACGCAGCCGCAAAGAAAAGCACCCGUAACGCUAAGCAUGGUCUGGAAAUGACCCAAUCGAAGCUCCUACUUCUAGGCACCGAUGAGAUAAGCUUCACAGUUAAGGAGCAAGAGAAGAUCCUAGCUCCCCACCAUGAUGCCCUAGUUAUCUCUCUCACUGUAGCGAACUGCUUGGUGAAAAGAAUACUAGUAGACAACGGCAGCUCAAGCAACAUUAUCUUCCAGAGGGCGUACCAAGAUCUGGGGCUGGAGGAGAGAGCCCUGACGCGAAAGGUAACCCCACUCAUCGGAUUCAGCGGCGAGGUCAAGCAAACCGCCGGAGAGGCUAUCCUCCCCGUAUACACUGAAGGAGUCAACAUGUCUACCAAAUUCCUGGUCGUAGAUUGCCAAUCAGCAUAUAACAUGAUCUUGGGACGACCCUGGAUUCAUGAUCUUGGGACGACCCUGGAUUCACGACAUGGGAGCAGUCCCUUCAACCCUUCAUCAGAUGGUGAAGUUUCCUACACCCUGGGGGCAUCAGAGUAA